ACAUAAAAAAAACUAAGAUGAAAUCCAGCAAUUUUGGGGUUUUUGAGCAGGAAAUCAACCCCAAUAGACCAUAUUAUAUACCAUCAGAGUAUUCAUAUGAUAUAGGACAAGGAAUAAAACGGAAUGUUUCAGAUACGACAUCAAAGAAAUGGACUAAGUUUGAAUACCUGAAUUAUUUUAAUCAGGAAGAUAAUAAAAAGUUAUUAAAAGCAUUGUUAUUAGAGACAGUAUCAAGAUAUUUGAGUAUAUUUAUGGUUCAGCCGUUUGAAAUAGCAAAAAUGCUUCUACAAUGUCAAUAUCAUGUUAAACGAGGGCUACAAAGUGAUAUAGAAGGAAGGAAGUUUUUUAAUGAGAAGAUUAGAGAAGGAAAUGAAGAAGAAGAAGAGGGGGAGGAGGAGGAGGAUAGUGAUUCUAUAAUGUCAAAUGAAUCCGAUCCGCCGUAUUUUUGUGAACCGAAUUCACAUGUAUUAUCACCUGAUAUAUCAUAUUCAUCUAAAAGAAGUAUUGUUGAUCGUGAAGGAUAUGUUUUAACAUCACCGGAUAAUCAUGAAAUAUAUUUUCCGUGGCAAAUUAAUGUUCAAAACUGUGGUAUAAUAGCGACGAUAUCUAGUUUAUGGAAAAAAGAGGGAUUUUUUAGUCUAUGGAAAGCUCAAAAUAUUUCAUUUGUUUAUAAUGUUUUAUUUUCUAUUACAGAAUCAUGGAUUUCAUCAUUUUUAUCGUCAUUUUUUUCAUUUCCAACGUUUAUUUCACAAAGUAUUGAUUUUGAUAAUUUGUUAAGUUCAUCUUUUAUAUCUUUAGCAUCAUCUGCUUUUACUUCUUUGCUUUUAGCACCAAUUGAUACUGCUAGAACACGUAUCAUAUUAACUCCAAAGUAUCUAAAAUCUCAUCAACAACAUCUUUCUUCAGAACCUUUUUUUUCAUUUUUAAUCUGUCCAUCUAUGCUUGUUUUACCAACUUUAUUCUACGCUACUUUACCUAAUGCUUUUUCUUACUUCAUUUCUAUAUUUUUUAAUCGAUCUGGACUUGUUAUAGAUUCUUACGAAACACCUUUUAUCUAUAAUCUCAUUUCACUUCUUUCUUCUUUGUCUCAUCUUUUCAUAAAAUUACCUUUGGAAACAAUUCUCCGUAGAGCACAACUUCAUCUAUCUGAUCUUAAACAUUCUCUUAUUAAACCUGGAAGAUAUAUCGGCAUUUCUGGUACUAUUUGGUGCAUUUUAUACGAAGAAGAUUCCGGUCCCUAUGGCUUAAAUGGUUUCUAUAGAGGACUUAAAAUGGAUUUAUAUACUCUCAUUGGCAUUUGGUCUCUUGGUUUCUCCUCCUUAUCUUUAGAUUUAUCACCUAACUUACCUAAUCUCUCUUCAUUUCAAUAAAUCCUCUUCUUCCUCUAAAAUUCAUACUGAUCUUAUUCUCUC